CCUUAUCCUCUACCAACCGAAAUUCAAAUCCCAACUGGAAUAUUCGAACUCCAGAACCCUCUGGAUCCAAUUCCGACGAAACCCUAAAUCUGCGAAAUUGGUUUCUCCCUUGUUUUCAAAUUCUGCAAAUCCGCUACCAAGGAUCCCCUUUACUGUUCAGCAUUGACUUACAAUGAAGUACUUAGAAUACACACCCUUGGAGCGAUUAAAUGAUUUCUUUAGUCAUUUAAAUCUUGGAGAGAGAACCAUUAAGGGAUGUCUUGAAGCUUACUCUUGUAAACACACGGGAUCGGAUAAGAAACUGUCUCUGAGUUUGGAGAAUGAGAUUCUUGACUAUAUCGGAAAAUCUUCUGACACCGACUCUUCCUCACCUGCUGAGUUCCUUCUGAGCAGAUCCAGCCGGAAGACAUUGAUUUACCUGGUCUUGACCCUCUAUCACUUGUAUCCGGACUAUGACUUCAGUGCCAUCAAUGCUCACCAGUUCUUCACAGAGGAAACCUGGGACAGUUUUAAGCAGAUUUUUGAUACCUAUAUGGUGGAAGCAUCAAAGGAAUGGACAGAGACCAAUGAGGGUAGUUCCCUGCUGGAUACCUUGUACAAGGCUUUGGAUGAGGUUGUUGGAUUAGCAGAUUGCGAAGUUUAUGGUUACAAUCCUGAUCCUGAUGCUGAUCCGUUUCCGGAAAGAGGAGCUGUAUGGUCAUUCAAUAUCUUUUUCUACAAUAGAAAACUGAAAAGGGUUGUGAGUUUCCGUAUCUGCUGUUUAAGUAACUUGGUGACUGAUGGGUUUAUAAUGGAUGAUCUCCGUUAUGAAGAAGAUGGAGAAAUUUUUGAUGUCAUGGAUAUGUGAGCGUAAAUAUGCAAUGGUGUAUAUGUCAAAAGUACUUGACAACCAUCUGUACUUACGUAGCUUAAUGAUCCAUACGCGGGAGGUCUGAUACACUCUUGAGUAGUAGGUUUAGCAAUUUAUCAGAAACAUCUCUGUUGAUGCUUCUUUUGUAUGUAACAAUAAAGCCAUGUAGAUAUGGGACAACUCCCGCAGAAGAGGAUAUUUCCUUCUCCCUAUCACUUGUUAUGAAAAUAUUCUGUUAAAUUUUCAAGUCAAAAGCUUUUAGCAGCUGUUUGCUAAAAGCAGUUUCCUUAA